AUGAGCAGGUUGAGAAGCCACUCUCUGUAUCUAACUAACACGUUAGAUACAGAGGAGAUCAAAGCUGCUACCUUUACUAUUCAUCCGGACAAAGCUCCUGGACCCGAUGGUUUCUCUGCCAGCUUUUUCCAAGCCAAUUGGGAGAUUGUGGGACCAUCAAUCAUCAGGAAAGUUCAUCUCUUCUUCACCUCAGGAAGUCUCAGACCCUCGCAAAAUGUUACUCAUGUUAGACUAAUUCCAAAGCUGGUGGGAGCAAAAAAGAUGACAGACUAUCGUCCUAUAGCGUUAUGCAAUGUCUUUUUCAAGAUUAUUUCAAAACUCCUAGCACUACGUCUAAAACAAGUUCUCCAUCUCAUUAUCUCAGAGAACCAAUCAACAUUUAUUCCUGGAAGAGCUAUUGCAGACAAUGUACUGAUUACACACGAAGUUCUACAGUUUCUAAAGACAUCACAGGCACAAAAACGAUGCACAAUGGCAGUAAAGACAGACAUGUCUAAAGCAUAUGACAGAGUUGAGUGGACUUUCAUCUCAAAGGUGCUUCAACGCCUAGGUUUUCACUCUAAGUGGGUAAAUCUAAUUAUGCAGUGUGUGUCUACAGUUUCUUACUCCUAUUUGAUAAACGAUUCAGUACAUGGUCUUGUAAACCCUAAGCGAGGAAUAAGACAGGGAGACCCACUCUCCCCGUAUUUAUUCAUUCUCCGUGGUCAAGUAUUAUCCGGUCUAUGUCAAAAGGCGGAAAGAGACGGUACCUUUCAAGGUAUCAAAGUGGCAAGGGGCAGUCCAAGGGUUAAUCAUCUGCUUUUUGCAGAUGAUACCAUGUUCUUCUGCCAAACGUCCCAGGCCAGUUGCAACAAGCUGAAGAUCAUCCUUGAGAGGUAUGAGAAAGCUUCGGGGCAGAAAAUAAAUGUCGAUAAAUCCUCCAUCACGUUCUCAUCAAAGACACCACCUGAAACAAAAAGAAGCGUUAAAGAAACUCUAGGAAUUGACAAAGAAGGAGGAUCAGGAAAGUACUUGGGACUACCUGAACAUUUCGGGAGGAGGAAAAAGGACCUAUUCACGGCCAUAGUGGAUCGCAUCAGACAACAAGCUUCAAGCCGAUCAACGAGACACCUAUCCAGAGCUGGGAAGCUCACUCUGUUGAAGGCGGUGCUGACAGCAAUCCCCACAUACACCAUAUCUUGCUUUGAGUUACCUGUCAGUUUGUGCAAAAGAAUUCAGUCAAUUCUAACUAGAUUUUGGUGGGACUCAUCGGAUGGGACAAGACGAAUGUGUUGGGUAGCAUGGGACAAGUUGACCAAACCAAAAGACAGAGGAGGACUAAGACUUAGAGACAUACAAUUGUUCAACCAAGCUCUUCUUGCUAAGCAAGCUUGGCGACUGCUUACGAAUCCGGAAUGUCUCCUAGCCAGGGUUCUACUAGGAAAAUACUGCCACAAGAGGUCAUUCUUAGAAGUAGAACUACCGGCAGUGUGCUCUCACGGGUGGAGGAGUAUUUUACAUGGCAGGGACCUACUUAGAGGAAGAGUAGGUAAAGCUAUUGGUAACGGGAUCAACACUAAGAUUUGGAAAGACUCUUGGAUUUCUCUAGACUCAGAGCUGAAACCAUACGGACCCAUACCAGAUCAUGCUCUAGACCUAACAGUGGCUGAUCUCCUUACGACAGACAUGAAGUGGAACAAGAAGAGAGUGGAAGAACUCUUACCUCAGGUGGCUACAGAAGUUCAACUCCUUCAUCCUGGCCAUGCAAACACAGAGGAUAUCUUCAUAUGGCAACCGCUACAGUCUGGUACCUAUACCACAAAGUCUGGUUACUACGCAGUUUCUACAAAGGAGUUAACACCUCUCGAUGAGACCACAGAAACAUUUGGAUGGAUAAAAGAUGUCUGGUCUGCAAAAUGCUCACCAAAGAUGAAGCUUUCCUUGUGGUCAAUCAUCAACGAAGCCAUACCGCUGGGAGAACAACUGCAAAAACGUGGAAUUAACUCAGAUGUGCAGUGUAUCAAAUGUAAAGGUAGUGAAACGGUGAUGCACACCUUUUUCUCUUGCCCUUUUGCCCAAGAAGUCUGGAAGCUAAUCCCCCUGAGACAAGUAGUUCACCUAGCUACGGACAUAAACUUCAAGCAAGCUCUAGUUGAAUUCAGGACCGCAGUCUGUUUGCCUCCAUCAGGGAUUGCAACGACGGUCCUCCCUUGGGUCCUUUGGGCAAUUUGGUCGACUCGAAACUUGCAUGUCUUUGAGAAUCGGAUUCUAUCACCUAUGGAAACCGCGACAAAAGCUCUGAAUCUAGGAAGAGAAUGGAACAAUGCACAACAACAGAUUCAAUUAAUCGGUGAAGAAAGUGAUACUUACAUCAAGAAGAUCGACAGGAAACAAUGCCAUGGUUCAGCUACGCUUGAAUCGAUCACCACACCACUAGUAGCGGAAGCAAUUGCGCUCCGAUUUGGUCUCCUCUCUGCAUUGGAACUUGAGCACCAUAAGCUCAAAGCUUUCUCUGACAACCUAACGCUCAUCAGAGCCAUCAACAACGACAUGCAGGUAAAAGAGAUCUUUGGUAUUGUCAAAGAUAUCCAAAGGAUCUCAUCUGCGUUUGUCGAGAUAUCGUUCUCUCAUCUCUCCCGAUCGCUGAAUGUGGAAGCGGAUCGUUUAGCAAAACUCUCUCUAUUUUCUUCUCGUGUAUGUGACCCAUCCAUGGACUAA